CUUCCCCGUUGCUAAGGGCGACGGGCGGGAAAGAGCCGCCGCCAUGGUGGAGGAGCCGCCGCCAUGAUGGAGGACGCGCAUGAGGCGCCGCGGCACCGCAUCGCCGCCGCCCAGCUGGCGCAGCACAUCGGGCGGCCCGUCUGCUUCGUGGGGCGGCUCCACAAGGUGCACCCCAGCGGGAAGCUUUUCGUGCUGACGGACGGCGAGGGGAAGCAGGCGACCGUGGAGAUGAGCGAGCCCCUAGAUGAAGAGAUCUCAGGAGUUAUUGAAGUGGUGGGAAGAGUAACAAAUCAGGCAACCAUCAUGUGCAUGUCAUAUGUCCAGUUCAGAGAAGAUAAAAGUCCAUUUGAUCUGGAACUCUACAAUGAAGCACUGAAAAUUAUUCACGAAUUCCCUGAAUACUUCCCGUUCGGUACAGGGAAGAACAAUUGAUUCUUCUUAGCGUGUAUUUAGAGCUUCAGAGGGUGCAACAGUACCUUAGCUUUUCUGCCUGACGGCAUGGUAACAGUUGCAUCAGUUUCCACCAAAUAUACUACGAUGCUGCUGUUGUACGCGCCAGGUGUGGCUAGUGAAAUUUACUUUCUCUGAAAUUGAAAAGGAAGAAGCAGAACAUUUCUGUGGCUGUCUCACUGUCUGUAAAUAUUUAACCCUUUUGCAUUCAUGAGGAAUGGUCUCUUGCAGGAUUUGACUUGCUAGAAAUUGAACUUUUGUAGGCAUCUUUUUUGUUGUUGUUUAUUCAGGUUCCAGGAUAUUUAACACAAAACUUGUAUUGAAGACAUUUGGUGGGGUUUUAAUGUAAAAAUAUUUUUAAAUUUCAUUGGCUUUGGUAUAAAUUUAUUAAAUGUGGAGGAGGGGAGUUCUAUUUUGCAUCUUGAAAAUGGUCACUUCUACAAUAAAAAAGGUCUGACUAUGUUUAA